UAUAACUUUCAAACAAGAAGUAAAACCCUAGUAGCAGGAACUGAGCUCACUGUGCUGCCAGUUAAGUUCAUCUCCGACGAUCUCAUCUCCGGCGACUUCUCUAUCGCGCCGAUCUCAUCUCCAGCGACUUCGAAAACGCGCCGAUCUCUGUUGAAGUUGGUUGAAUCAAGAGAAGACAAAAGAUGCCUCUAUAUGACUGUAUGCUGUUACUGAAACCCCAUGUAAAGAAGGAGGCUAUGAUGGACCUCAUUGCAAAGGUUGGGAAGCAUGUCUAUCGAAAAAAUGGCGUCCUUACAGAUUUAAAGUCAUUUGGAACUGUUCAACUGGGUUAUGGCAUUAAGAAACUAGAUGGAAGAUACUAUCAGGGUCAACUGAUGCAAAUGACAGUGAUGACACCACCCAGUUUAAACAAUGAGCUGCAUUACCUGAACAAAGAAGACCGCUUGCUCCGUUGGCUUUUAGUUAAGCAUCGAGACAUCAAAUUUGGAUUUGACUUGUUGGGUGAAGAUGAUGAUGGCAAGGCUGAACUAAGCAAGUUCAGGAGAAACAUUAAUGAGGAAGAAGAAGAAGAAGAAGAUGAUGACGACGACGACGACGACGAGUAUAAUACCAAUGAAGCCGAGACAAACAAAGUCUAGAAAGCUGAUGAAUUUCACUCUGUGCUCACACCCUUUUUUCUCAAUUUGAUCAGCAGUCAUAGACUCGCCGUACCAUCUCAAUGAACAUGAUAUUGUUCGUCAAAAGCUACGUGGAGUCUUGUGGCCAACGAUUUUGUAGUGCAUGCCUUUUGUUGCCUAAAAAUCUAGUUAUGCAGGAUAAUUUUCUUAGAAUAAUCCAGUUUGCAAACAAAUUAGUUAAGUUCAUUGUAUGAUUUCAAAGCUCAGUAGUGAAUUGAUCCAUUUUUGGUGGAUACUGGAAUGUGUUUACACCAAAUAAGUGAAUAUAUGUCACCCUGUUUAUUACACUUUUAA